CGAGAGGGAAACUGAUAAGUGUGCGUCAAAUCCCUGCCGGAACGGUGCUUCCUGUUUGGAUCGUUUCAACAUGUUUGUGUGUGACUGUCCACCCGGAUUUACAGGCCCAACCUGCGACAUUAACUCAAAGUGUCUGUCACUGAAGAAAACUCUGACCCGUGUUACAGAAACAAGCACACAUGGAGCUGCUGUCCUGGCUGAAGGUCAUCGUCCCUCUGCUCUGCUUCUGCUCACUGCUUCUGAUUACUGGCUUGACCUACACGGCGCUAACGACCAGAAAGAAGCGCCAGUCAGAGGGAGCCUACAGCCCCAGUGCUCAGGAGCUGGCCGGCGCUCGCCUGGAGAUGGACAGAAUGCUCAGAGUUCCACCGGAGGAACGGCUCAUCUGAGAGCUGGGUGACGGGUCGCAGAGUUUGGACCGAGUGACCCAGCGUCACGAGAAGCACAGUGAAAAGCCGUAUUAGCCUACCGGAUGUGUGUUGGAGAAGAGGUUGUGGUGCUCUGUGACCA